AAAAAUAAAAUGUGUUUUGUCUAUGACUACUGAGUCAAGUGAAAUGCUCUUUUUAAUGUUGAGUUGUAUUAAUUUUAAAAUAUUCUCUUUAAUUACCAUCAAAUAAGGUAAUGGAAACAUAAUUGUAUAAAAUGCAGUCCAUUGUGGCUUAUGUGCGAAGCCUUCUUGGUUGGUCUGACGAAAAUCCUACUAAUAGCACAAACUUGAAACGAGACAGGGCAGAAGAUGACUUUUCGUCUGAUGAUGAUACACCGGCACUCAAGAAACUCAGACAGAUGAGGAAAACUAGCUUCCCUGAUAUAAUGGCUGAUAACGAUUUUUGGGACCAUGAAAAGUCAAAAGUACGCUAUGUCCCUAUACAAAUAGAAAGGGGCCAUCCUAGCACCUCGACACCCAAUCGGGUGUUAGAGAAGCCAAGUAAGGUCCGUACUGUGCCAAUAAAAUUAGUCGGCGUGAAGGAGAACGGAGCACCAACCUCGUAUAGAAAGGUGUCUGUUAACAGGCCCGUCAUACAUGCUGUUGUUGAUGAUGAAGAUGACUGUGAUGAUCAAGAGGUGACAUGGGUAGAUAGUAAAUCAGGGAAACCAAAAGUGUACAUAGACUUGGAUGAGGAGGAAUCCGAUCACAAUCAACGCGACGACGAUGUUAUAUUCGUGAAAAAAGUGACGUCUCCACCACCCGUAAAGCCCUACAAAUACUUCAUCGCGAACAGUGGACACGAACCAGACUCUGCGGCACACGAGCCAGUAUAUUACAAACUAAGUCGAAACCUAAAUGACAGAAAUGCAAACAUAUCGCCAAGAGCCCACAGCAAGUUUAAGGCGCCAGCGGGAAUAUCUAAACCAUACAGAAAGGCACCAACACCGGUGCCAAAAUGGAUGCAAACAUGCAAGUCAUCGAAUCUCCCAAACUUAAGAAACAGAUAUUUAAAUAUUAACGGCAAUACGAGAUCAACACUGUCGGAAGUAUUCAAUUUAGAUGAAAAGAGAAACUACCAAGAGCUAAUCAGGCGAGUAGCAGGUACGAAGAAGCCGAUGACUUUUGGGAAACCCGUCGACAUAAUCAGUAUAGCGGAAGAUGCCGCGUCGUUCCGUUUGACGCAAAAAUCGCAGAAGAAAGCGUUGGACGAGAUAAAAUUAGUGGAGAAAGGUCUGAGUGCGGAGAAAGAGAAUGAGGUAACGAAAGAAUAUGAUCCCAUUACUGUAGCGUCAAUAAACUCCUCGGACUCCGAGGUAGAAAUUGUUCCUUCUGAAUCGUCAACGUCUUCUCUUAGAAUAGAUCCUAUCAAUUCCCUUAGAGAGUCCUUCAAAGACCGAGCUGUGAUAUCGAGUGAUUGGCUCUCUAAAUUAGAUAGUAAAUACAAAAAGAAAAAACAGCAAACCCAGGAGAAAUUGAUAGACGCGCGACGCGAAUCCGAUAUUAUAGCAAAAGUAAAUAAUGAACAAAAAAUAGCACAUUUAGAGAACAAGUUAAAGUAUGAAUUAAGUAUACCGGAAAGUCUUUUCGAGGAGCCUCAGCCUACUGUGGAGCUCCCGGCGCUCACGCCUGAACAAGAGAAAUUAGUUAAUAGAGCACUGGGGCCAGGCCCGCCCGGCCAAGUUCUUGUAGAGAAAUUCAAUUUAAGAAUACAUAGGCGAGAUCUCCAGACUCUGUCGGGUCUCAACUGGCUCAACGAUGAAGUGAUCAAUUUCUACAUGAAUUUAUUGAUGCAGCGGAGUGAGGAUCGCAAGGAUCUACCAAAGGUGUACGCAACAAACACAUUCUUUUAUCCGAAACUUAUGCAAAGUGGACAAGCAGGCCUACGGCGAUGGACAAGGAAGGUGGACAUAUUUGCACAUGAUUUGAUGGUCGUGCCAGUUCACUUAGGAGUCCAUUGGUGCCUCAGCCUGGUCGACUUCCAAAACAAGAAGAUCUCAUACCUGGACAGCAUGGGCAGCUCCAAUCAGGCGUGCCUCGACGCGCUCAUGCAGUAUUUGCGCGACGAACACCAGGAUAAGAAAGGACAACCGUUUGAUGAUAAGGGAUGGAAAGCGGAGUGUCUAAAGAAUAUACCGCAGCAGAUGAACGGCAGCGACUGCGGCAUGUUCGCGUGCACGUUCGCCGAGUUCGCGGCGCGCGGCGCCCCGUACACGUUCACGCAGGCGCACAUGCCCUACCUGCGCCGCAAGGCCGCGCUCGAGAUACUCGGCGCCCGCCUGCUGCUCUAGGCUGCCGUGUCCGCAUCGCGCACGGUAUUAAAUGGAUGCAGGUAGCUCAGGAUCUAUCCUUGUAGCAGUCUCAGAGGGAAGCCAUCUUCAAUAGUGGAUAGUGAAUUACUUAAAAUAAUAAGAGUUGAUGCUAAAUUACUAUGAACUCUCAUUACCUGCUUCAGUGUAGGUUUUUUUUAAUGUUAAGGAGGCAAAUGAAAAAAAUUAAUCCUCUUUAAAAUCUGUACAUAGCGUGUAUGCAAUUUCAAACAUUUUUAAUAUUGCAAUACGCAGAUAUCGAGCUAUUUAAAAAGUCAUCAAAAUGCCCUUGCUUAUAAAAUCGAUCGCUAAUCUAAUGUCCUAGUAAAUUUUAGUGUUGUAUGGAUUUGAUGUUAAUGUCAGAUUUGACAUUAAAUGUCGAUUUUGACAUUGAUCACCGGUGACGUGACGUUUUUAUAAGUAGGGGGUAAUUUUAUACUUAUUAAUAAUGGGGUUUAUUCUGAAAUGCUAUUUCCCUAAACUUGAAUCUAAAAUUAAAAUUUCAAAUUGAUGUCACAGCAAAAUCUUUAUGCUAAGGUCCAAUGAACUAAAUUUGUAAUACAUUUAUGUCAAAAUUAUUAUAAAUGUUGUUUGUAAUGGUCCAUAAAAUAAAAAUUUCGUGAAACUAUCAAAUUAAAAUAUGUAUUAGACCAUAGAUAGAGAUACGUUUAGACUCUAAACUUUAGAGAAAUGACGCCUCAGAGUCGACCCCAAUAUAAACGUAUGUUAAAUUGUGAUGUUUCAAAUUCAGUGUAACGAAAUGCAAAUUUAGAAUACGAAACACUAAAUGUAAUUGUAUAUACUUAAUGAAAAUUAAUUAAAUUCUUCCAGUGUAAGAAUGUAGUACUAGAGAGAAUACAUGGAUAUGACUGUUUUCAGGUUGAACGCGAGUUUGGAAAAUUAUUUAUAAAAGGAAUUCGUUUCAAUUGUUUUUAAAUUUAUAGUGGAUAUAUGAUAUUAGUUAGUGUUGUAUAGCAAAUUUGAGAGGGAAUGAUGCAGCAUGUGGAUAAAUGAAUUUAAUACUAAACAAUGUUCGUUUCUAACCAUAAACAACUAUUUUUUUUUUACCACUGCGAUGGCAAACAUGCAUUUGUAAACAUUUUAAACGUUGCAUUUCGUUAAACUGAUUCAAGGUAUUUGUCAAUAGUGCGUUCAGUGACUUAUGUCGCCAAACAUUAUUUGUCUAUUAUUUACUACUGUUAUGUUACUUGCACGCUGGAAAUUUUGUUCACUAUCGACGGUAUAUUAAACACUUUUUUUUUUAUAUAUACAGCGGAGAUGAUUCUGAAGCACCAUUCUCCCUCUCGAGAAUUAAAAUUUCAACUUGAUAUUACAGCGAAACGAUUAUUCUAAGGACCAAUAUUAAUUUUUAAUACAUUAGCGUCAGAACCGCUUUCCAUUUAAUUCUCUAUGGUCCCGUAGUAUAACAGUUUCGUUAAAGUAUCAAAUUAAAAUUUUAAAUUUAGAAAACAGUUUGGGGAAUGUUACCGCAGAGUCGACCCCAAUGUCUAUGGUUGGCGGUUAUCUCGCCCGUUAUGUUUUUGAAUGUGUAUAAUUGUAUUGUACAAAGAGCGUAACCCUGUCAUUCCCAGCAGAGCUAUUAUUUAUGCACUCCUAUCAUUACUACAGUUUAAAAAAAAUAUUUAAAAAACAAUCAAUCGGCUUUGUAUAGGUUAUCAGUCGCCCUGUUUUUACUAAAUAAAUAUAUUUUGGACUUUCCAUAGCCAAUGUCGUGGAAUUUCUUGAAUCGCAUUAGUCCUUAAGUACUGUGUAUUAUAUAAUGUCAGUAAGUUACACUAACUUAUAAAAAUAAAUGAUUCCUUUGUUUGAAUUUGUAAAGGCGUCGUGGAGUUUUCUAAGUGAGAUAACGGAGUCGAUAAUAAAAGAUAUAAGACAGAA